CAAUCUCUUACCGCAUUUAACUCACAAAAGUGAUUGAUUUCGUCUUCUUCAACCUUUGCGAUCUUCAGCUCUUCUCACGCCACAAAACCCCUUCAAAUUCACAUCGUUCUGAUCUUGAAUUCGAUUGGAAGUAGCUAUACUAUUAAAAAAAUGGCGUAUGUGGACCACGCGUUCUCGAUAUCGGACGAGGACCUAAUGAUCGGGACUUCGUACACGGUGAGUAAUCGGCCGCCGGUGAAGGAGAUCUCGCUGGCGGUGUCUCUCCUCUUGUUCGGAAUCUUGGGAAUCGUCUCCGGUUUCUUCAUGGCCUACAACCGAGUCGGCGGCGAUCGAGGCCACGGGAUUUUCUUCAUUGUUCUGGGUUGUCUUCUGUUUAUCCCGGGCUUUUACUAUACACGGAUUGCAUACUACGCAUACAAAGGAUACAAAGGCUUCUCCUUCUCAAACAUACCCUCCGUUUAACACGAACGCCUAUGUCUCUUCUUUCUUACUCAAUGUAUAGUACUAGUAGUAGUAGUAGUAGUAGUAGGUGGUGGUUGUUUCUGAUGGAUGGCAGGUUUUUAAUGACUUCUUCUCUUUAGUGUGAUAUUUGUUUACAUGACUUGAAUGAUCGAUCCGUGUUUGAUAUGUAAUCUCUCUUUGUCCG